CCACGUCUCUCCCCAUUCAUUUCCAUCCAUCCACCAACUCCAUCAAAAUCCAACCGUUUCUUCAUCGACAUUCAACCUCCGACCUCGAGUCGAGUCGCCAUCGGCGCGAUGGAUGACAUCUGCGAUGAAUCCACUCAGCCAUUCUCUACCUUAGGGCCGUGGGGAUAGAGAGAUAGCUGGCCACGGCGCUCUCUGCCUUGUCUCCGUUUGUGCGAUACCUACCGACACCUGCGUGGUCGCGUAAGAGCGGCGGCAUCAUCAUCACCAACCACACAUUUCGGUUCUUUUCUCCAUUUUCCAUCAAUACCGGCGUCGUGCAUCUAUCGAUCCACGACCGUUCCGUACCUCCUGGAUGGCACGCUCAAAGCAAGCGUCCUGCGAGUCGAGAGCCAUAAAAUCUCUCCAAAUCCUAAUCAUCAGGCAACGCCUGUUGAAAGGACUGGGGCUCGAGAUAGGCCGCAAGACGGUUGGAGUCAGCUGACCAUGGCGCUCUUUGCUGUCUUGCUUCCGUUCGUGGGAGCCCUGCCAACAAUUGUGUCGUCUAGCAAGGGCGGCGGUAUCUCUUUUUUUUUGUCCUCUGUCGUGAUAUUGUUACUGGACCAUCGUGUCUAACCGUGCUUACGGGGCUUGUAGCUCGAGGGAGGUAGGUGAAAUUGACGGUGACAAGCUUGAUGACACCUUGAACGACAGAGUUGAUAAUCGCGACGGUCCCGAUUUUUACGCCAUGGACGAUUCGAGCGACGAUGAAAGACAUUGCAAAAUAGAUUUGAAGGAUCGAGCUGGCGUGGUGGAGUGGGAGGAUGCGAACCGACACCUGCAACAUACUCCAGAUCUCCGUAUGGAUGUGCACGUUGAUGCUUCGAACGACCGAGCCCUCUUUGCGCUUCACGGCUGUAUAUUUCUCAAAGGCGGCAAGCCCAACAAAGUCAGCGUUUACAUAUUCGUCCACCCAGAAAACAUACACUCCGUCGGGUACGAUCACAGCACUGGUCCCUCUAUACCGGCGAUGCAGCGUGAUCCUUCCAAGAACUUUAUCAGCCUUCGCUUCAGCAUGACGCAGGCGCCUGUCUUCGUGGUGCCAAAAAACCGUCCUCUGGUGCCAAAGGCGCGAUCCGAAGGUCUGCUGGAUACCAUGAAGGCCCUCGCAUCUGCUCAAGACUUCACCGUCUAUCUGAACAUGCUGCAGCUGGUGCCCGAGGUUCGGUAUCAGCUCUCGUUGCUGCCGUCUGUCUUUUUGUUCAAUGACUUGCAGACCGAUGAGAGAUGGGCAGCCAUUGGUAGGCUGUAUCAUGGUGCAGGCGGUCAGGUUGUUAACCUUGGCAAUACUGCCGCUGCACCUCGGCCAACGCCUAGUUGCGACAAUCUGGUCAUGGAGACAUUGGAAGAGUUGUCACCGCCACCAUAUGUUGAGAAGGCUCCCUACCAAAACCCAACACAACUAGCUACCCCGCCAGAUCGAAAACGGCGGCGCACGAGCGAACCGUUGUCUUCCUCGAGAACCGACAAGCGGCUCUUACUCGACUUGGGCCAGGGUCGUGUGUUCAGGGAGAACAACGCCGAACUGGAAAGUCGUAUUGAACGGCUCGAGAAGAUGUUUCAGGACUCUACACCCGGCCAGGCAGUUCAGGGCUACACUGGGCUGGAAAGUCGCAUCGAACGGCUCGAGAUGAUGAUUCUGGAGCCUGCCGCCCGAUCACCUUGUAGAUACAACAGCGAGGAGGCAGAACAUCUCAUCAGUCAUGUGAAUGACCGUAUCGAUGACCAGUUCACAGGUGUUCACGUCGAACUACAAGAUAAAGUCAUGGAGGACACUGAGCGCUUGGUGACCGAGAAAACCGAAGAGUCGCAGGAAGAGCUGCGGAAAGGCCUGCGGGAAACGUUGAUGGAAGAGUUACGGGAGGAGCUCAUGGACAAGUUACGAGUGGAGCUUCUGGGAACGAUAAGAGAAGAGGUCAAGCGAGAGUUGAUGGCGGAGAUCAAGGUGGAAUUGUUCAGAGACAUGGCCCAGGCUAUGAUGGGCGUGGCCUGCGGUACCAGCAGCGAGAAGGCGAAGAUGGCUCUGAAUAGUAUAUAGUGUCAACAUAGAGCAAAAGUCAGUGGUUCUAACUCAACAAGCUAAGAUUACCGGCCUCCCACCUGUGAAUGUUUACCGAUUUUUGAUGAAUAAUGUCAACCAGUGCUCUUGCAAUACAUCUAAAGAUCUUUUCAACAUUCUGAAAACAC